CCAUCUCUCCGCCCCGAAUUGCCGGGCGGGGCUAGGCCGAGAGUCCAGCAGCUGUAGCGGGGCUUUAGUGACUUCCUUGUUGUGAGCUUCGGCCCGGCAGUGUCCGGACUUGUAGCCCCACUGUCCUUCCCGGGACCGCUAGCCCGAGUCUAGGUCGCAGCCGCAACCCCAGCCUGUCGGUUCCCCUUUCAGCACAGAUCCUUUCCCCGCACGCCCCGCGCUCCCUAACAUGCCCAACCCCAGCAGCACCUCCUCUCCCUACCCCCUCCCAGAGGAAAUUAGGAACCUGUUGGCAGAUGUUGAAACAUUUGUAGCAGACACACUGAGAGGGGAAAAUUUAUCCAAGAAAGCAAAGGAAAAGAGAGACUUCCUUAUUAAGAAGAUAAAAGAUGUAAAGUCUACCUAUCUUCAGGAAUUUCAAGACAAAGGUGAUGCAGAAGGUGGAGAAGAAUAUGAUGACCCUUUUGCCGGGCCUCAGGACAAUAUUUCACUAGCCUCAGAAAGAUAUGAUAAAGAUGAUGAAGCCCACUCUGACGGAAACCAGUUUCCUCCAAUUGCAGCACAGGACCUUCCUUUUGUUUUAAAGGCUGGCUACCUUGAAAAACGCAGGAAAGAUCACAGCUUUCUGGGAUUUGAAUGGCAGAAACGGUGGUGUGCUCUCAGUAAAACAGUGUUCUAUUACUAUGGAAGUGAUAAAGACAAACAACAGAAAGGUGAAUUUGCAAUAGAUGGCUACAAUAUCAGAAUGAAUAACACUCUUAGGAAGGAUGGAAAGAAAGAUUGCUGUUUUGAAAUCUCUGCUCCUGAUAAACGUAUCUAUCAGUUCACAGCAGCUUCUCCCAAAGAUGCCGAAGAAUGGGUACAGCAGCUGAGAUUUGUAUUACAAGAUAUGGGGUCUGAUGUCAUUCCUGAGGAUGACGAUGAAAGAGGAGAACUGUAUGAUGAUGUGGACCAUUCUCUACCAAUCAGCAGUUCACCAGCCAGCAGCCAGCCACUUGAUGAUGAAAUUUAUGAAGAACUUCCAGAGGAGAGGAAAGGAGGGGCUCCGGUGAAAGUGGAGGCACAAAGGAAGAUGAGUCAGGACAGUGUUCAUCGCACCACAGGAGAUAAAAGCACCGAUUAUGCUAAUUUUUACCAGGGUCUGUGGGACUGCACAGGAGCUCUUUCUGAUGAGCUGUCAUUUAAACGUGGUGAUGUGAUUUACAUUCUUAGCAAGGAAUACAAUAGAUAUGGCUGGUGGGUAGGAGAAAUGAAGGGAGCCAUUGGCUUGGUGCCGAAAGCCUACAUAAUGGAGAUGUAUGAUAUUUGAGAGUCCUGGAAAAGGAAGUUUCCUCUGCUGGUCUGCAAAUGCUUGGAUUGAGAAUCAUCGUGAAAGCAGGAGUGACAGCUCAUAACCUUUCUUUGUUGUGUUGAACAUCAUUUGCCUUUUGACUGUUUUAUGCAUUCAUUAUAAUAUUCCUCUGAUGUGAAAUUAAAUGAAGGAUAUUAAUGUAAAUUAGAUGCAAGCAAUAAAGGUAUACCUGUUGCUGUUUUGCAAAGAAAUCAUCAUAGUUUUUAUCUACUGAUUUGAUUUGUAUGAAGAAUUCAGCACUAUUUUAUAUGUAUUAUACAGUCGUUGCUCCUUCUGGUAUGAGUUGUAAUUUCUCCUAAUACAAGAUGUCAGUUAUUUUUUAGACAAUAAUAUGUAAUUUCAUAAAAAUUUCAAGUGAAUGUAUCAUGCAGGUUUUUGGUAGAUGCUGUCUAAAGAAUGUAGCUUUGUUAAAACUUUGCAGAUGUGUUAUCUUAAUAUUAAUUUUCCCACAAUAGUAACACAUUUUCAUGACAGAAUUUUUACUGAUUGGUGAAUGCACUUUAUGUUAAAUGUGGUCACAAGAAAGAAGGAUGACAGAAUUGCAAGUGGGAGUAUGCCAUCGCCUUCUGCUAUACAGGUGCACACCAGAACCACAGUUUGUGCAAAGCCCUUUGCCAUGUAACAAAUACCCUGCUUACAUAAAGGGCUUGCCACUGUUUUCUACCAUAGUUUUCUUUAAAUUUAAUAAAAUAAAUAAAUUAUGAGGGGCCUCAUUCUGCCACUAAUACAAUGGCAUAAAGAAUCUCAAUGGAUUCUCAAAGUCAGAGGGCGUAACCGAGCAGUCUCCCACCCUGCCUGAUCAUUAGUGUGCUAUUAAAGUCCCACUGUAAAACAGUGCAACUCUAGCUUUGAGCCUCCUCUACACUUUUCACAGCAAUGAAAAGAGAAGGAAGGCUCAGAGAGGAGAAUGUAGAAAUCACAGGGAAAACAUGUACCGAAAGGUGAGUGGAUGGGUAGCGUUAGCCUGACACUGGAGGCAUGCACUGUACUGCCAGAGUGAAAUGUGUGGAGUUAUAUUAUUACUUUUUCAUGUCUGUUUGAAGUCAAAGGUAUUUUCAGUGCCUACCAGUAUACGUACCAGUAUAGCCUUAAUAUAUAUCAAAAUAUACUGCUGAUUGGUUAAUUGUUUGGAGUAGAUAUAAUCUGAUAAUACUGAAUCAUUGAUUUGAAGCUACUACAUUUGUUGAUCUUUUCAGAUCCUUGCUUUAGAAGUAAAGAUUCUAAUCAUGCAAAUGAGCUGAUAAUAUUUAAAAACCCCCGUUAUUUAAUAAAAAGUAUCUCCAAGCAGUAUUUCAGAGUUUAUAUUUUACUGUUAUCCCCUCCAUACUAUGAUCAUCUGAUUUCAAAUGUAAAAAAAAUACUAAUUUUAGAGAUUGUGGGUAAAUUCUACUUUAUAUAAAUUAGAUGUUGUCAAGUUAAAGCUUUCAGAAAUUAAUUUGUGCACUUGUUAAUCUUCUCCUAAUAUAGAGCUUUCGCAACAGAUUGCAAUCAUCUUGGCAAAAAUGAGACGACCGGAGAUGAAGUUCAUGGAUUGAUUUUCAAAGCUUGAGAGAUUGAAAAGCAAAAGUUGUUGUGGGUUCCACUGAAAACGUAGGCUUCCUUGUUAACGUGCUUCUGGUCUAAGUGAAGAUUUUAGUCCUGGGCCAGUAGAUGGCAGCAGCUUUUCAUUGCAUGGGGUCCACUUGGAACCCCUCCCCCACUCAGGCAAACCCAGAACGCAAAGCAUUUAGAAGAUUUUUGCCUCCUUUUACAGUUAAUCCAGGAGAGGGAGUCCUUUGCCAACUGAUGCCAGGUAGUGUCUUUGAAUGGUGACAAUACAGGAAAAAAGUGUUAACUUCUGUCCAGAUCUCCUCUGGCCUUUGUUCUUUUUUUAACUUGAAUUAUAGCUGGGAGAUGAGAAAGGAAACAAACAAUUUAAAAUUAGCAUGACAAGAAUGACACUCGGUACUUGCAACUCUUGAUUACUUUAUGUUCAUUUGGUGAAAUCAUUUGUACACUAUAAGGGAGAAAGUUUUCUUUACACCCUUGACAAUAUAUCACACGCUCUUCAAGAUCAUAAUAAUAUCAUUAAUGUGAAUUUAAACAACAUGGCUUGUUAGAAAAUAUGCUAAUUGCUAUGUUCUCAUUAUGUUUGCUUAGCUUUUAUUUGUUUUUCUAUGAACAGUUAGAGAGCUAAUUUUUUUCAAAGGUGAUUGUAAGUCAUAUUUUACAUAGCAUUUUGCUUGAUUAUUUGCUCCGUACUGAAUUUGUACUCUGUUGCCAUUAGAUCUUACAAUAAUGUUCCACUCUGCAAAUUUUUAAGGUUCAAAUAAAGUUUAAUUGUUUGCAAACUGUUA